CGUGUUAAAAUUAUCACUUAUAAAUUUUAUAGAUCUAUAAGUGUUACAUCCAGUAUAAAUUGUGGCAUUCUUGGAAAAUUCUGUAAACAUUGUCAAUACAUGCUUUGUAAGGUUGUACAGGCCGUAAACAUCUUUGACAAAAGAUUCUUUGGAGCAACAUUAAUUGUAGGUAGUAGAAUUUUUGUGAUUACAUUGAUUUUAACUAAUUUAAGCACUUUAGUUUCAACUGGAAUAUUGCUUGAUUGAAAUAACCAUUCUUGAUUAUGGAGAAUAAUAUUAUUGAAAGGAAACCCUUCGUAGAGGGGAAUUCCCUUGGAGCAGAGGGAAAUACUACUGAUAGCCUCCCUGCUAAUAUUAUUACAGCCCCAGCUACCAAGAGAAUGCCACACCUACAUAAACUAGAAAAAAAACAUAGCAGUGGUGAUCUCCAUAGUCGUCUUAAGACCAGGAAAUUACUGGGAGUUGGGGAAACGGAUGAUGGAGAUGUCCAUAGGUCAAAGUUGAGUCAAAUAUUAGGUCACAGUGACCAGUUGUAUGUAAGAUUACCUCCCGGGUUGAAGAUUUGGCAGCUUGUCCUUGCCUUAAUAUUUACUGUUAUUGCCUUGUGGGCUUUUAUAUUCCCUUCACAUUUAUAUGAGACAACAUUUGGAGACACUAGUGACGAUAAACACAUAGUUCUGCCCAUACGUCUGUAUGGUAUCACACUAAUAUGUUUGUCGCUGGUUUUCUGGUUCAUGGUAAAAGCUGUUGACAAAGAAUUAAUUCGCCUGUUGUUGUUGUGUAGCAUUAUUUACUUCACCCUUCAUACAAUUGUUUCAGCCAUAUGUGUGCCAUUGUCAACGAGUUUUUGUGCUAUUCCACUACUACUUUUGUGUACUAGACUAGUGGCAAUAUGUAUAAGUAGUUACUUCUACUGGAUAAUGACAAGAGAUUGGCGACCCAAAGAUCAAUGGAAAUUAUAUCGUACACAGCAAUAGCAAUAAAUCUGACUUAUGAGUCUGCGUUAACCAGGGGUCGGCUGGUGUUGUUACUGAUCACCAGCCUGCUAACUGCUAUGUCCUACUUUUUCUACUGGGCAGUUACAUUCAAGACCUCUUCUUUGAAAAGGAACACCUCUAGUAAAGACUUGAAAGAAAAGGGCCAAUAAAAAGAUGGAAACCAGGAAAUGUUACACAGAACAGGAAUCAGUAGAAUUACAUGGUGCUUUUCAAUUUGUAUUUCA